AUGGGUUCUAUCUCUCAACACCUGGCUGAGCUCGAUGCCUCGAAUUACAAGGUCACCCGAUCUACCACUCUGCGUGAUGUGCCUCUUCCCGGCUCCCCAGAGGAAUUGAGCCACUCCCACUGCACUGACCACAUGGUCACUGUUCGAUGGACCGAUACCAAUGGCUGGGAGACACCCGAAGUGAAGCCAUACCAGAAUCUCAGCAUCCCACCUACAGCAUCGUGCCUUCACUACGCUACUGAAUGUUUCGAGGGAAUGAAAGUUUACCGUGGCUACGAUGGCAAGCUGCGUUUAUUCCGUCCAGACUGCAACGGUGAGCGUCUGAGCAACAGUGCCCAGCGCUCUUCGCUUCCUGGUUUCAAGUACGACCAGUUGAAGAAGCUCGUUGCUAAGUUGAUGCAAAUUGACGGUCCUCGCUGGCUAGCCAAGACCCGUUCAGGUUCAUUCCUCUACAUCCGCCCUACUAUGAUCGGCAAUGGCCCGCACCUCGGCGUCCAGGUUCCUAAGGAAGCCCUUCUCUUCGUCAUUGCCGUGCCCUGGCCCGACACCUCGAGCACGGGCUUGAGACUCUAUGCCUCCACCCCGGAUACUAUCCGUGCCUGGCCCGGUGGCUUCGGAUACGCGAAGCUGGGCGCAAAUUACGGACCAUCGUUGCAAGCACAUGGACAAGCCAAGGCCAUGGGAUUCGAUCAGAUUCUCUGGCUAUUUGGUGAGGAUCGUCAAGUGACAGAGGCUGGUGCUAGUAACUUCUUUAUUAUCUGGCGGGAUGCGAGUAGCGGCAAGUUGGAGCUUGUUACUGCACCCUUGGAGAAUCAGCUUAUUCUGCCUGGUGUUACUCGCCGCAGUGUACUUGAAUUGGUCUCUGAGAGACUCUCCAACCAAGCUGUUGGAUCACUGGAGCCGCUGAAGGUUGUGGAGCGGACCUUGACUAUUGCGGAGAUUGAGAAGGCUGCGGAGGAGGGUCGAAUUGUGGAGUCUUUUGUCUCUGGCACUGCUUACUUCAUUACCCCUGUUGCUAUGAUUCGGAACGUCAACACUGAUAUCAGCACACUGGGUCCCAAUGGCGAGCCUGCGGGCUAUGCUGCUCUUAUUAAGUCUUGGCUCGAGCACAUCAUGUUUGGCAAGGAAGAGCACGAUUGGGGCUACGUCAUUGAGGACGAGGAGAACUAA